GUUGACCUGCCACCUCCCCAGCCAUGCGGCUGUUCCGCACCGUCAUCACCCUCGGCGUCCUCGCCGUCUCUGCUUUCGCCCAGGAAAGCCACGAGAAGCACGCCUAUCAGAGUGACGUCGCUCGCCUCCGCAAGAUUGUCAUCAACAGCCUGUACUCGCAUAGGGAUGUCUUCCUUCGCGAACUCAUCUCGAACGCCAAUGAUGCCCUCGAGAAACUUCGUCUCACAUCCCUCACUGAGCCCGUAGUCCUCUCCGGCGCCGAGGAGAUGAACAUUACCAUCAAGGCAGUCCAGGACGAAGAGGGGGCCGGGCGUCUCAUCAUCACUGACACUGGUAUUGGUAUGACGCCGGAGGAGCUCAAGACCAACCUCGGUACCUUGGCCAAGUCUGGCACCUCGGACUUCCUUUCAAAGGCAGAAAGCGACACCACGGGUACUGGCAACCUGAUCGGUGCUUUCGGUCUCGGUUUCUACUCCAGUUUCUUGGUUGCGGACCGUGUGCAAGUUGCCUCUCUUGCGGCUAAGUCAUCAAAAAACCCCAAUCCGGCACAAUACGUCUUCAGCUCGGGCGCCGAUGAGAACUCGUUCGACAUCUACGCGGACCCGCGUGGCAACACCCUCGGUCGGGGAACAGAGAUUACGCUCUUCCUCAAAGGCGAUGCAAUCGAGUACCUGAACGAGAAGACUAUCACGGACCUGGUUAACAAGCACUCAUCAUUCUCGACGGCCUUCCCUAUCUAUCUGGCCAGCAAGCGUGUCGAGUUCAUUCUGGAUCAGGAAGCCGAGGACGAAGCUGCUGCUCAGGAAAAGAAGCCCGAUGAUGAGGGAACCACCAAAGUUGACAUAGAUGAGGACGAGGCCGUCAUUGAGGACGUCACCGAGGAGGUCGAGGAGCCCAAGAAGACUCCCAAAACGAAGCAGAUCGAGGUGGACGAGUGGAUCCGUCUCAACUCCCAGCCUCCGAUCUGGAUGCGCGACCCGAAGACGAUCUCGGACGAGGAGUACGAGAGCUUCUACCAGGUCACGUUCAAGGACUGGCAGAAGCCCCUCGCCUGGUACCACUUCCAGGGCGACUCCGGCUCCGGCGUCUCCUUCCGCUCUAUCAUCUACGUGCCCUCGCACCUCGACGACAACUAUUGGCAGAACCCGCUGCAGAGCGUGACGAAGGACAUCCGGCUGCUGGUCAAGCGCGUGUUCAUUACGUCCGACCUCGGCGAGGACGCGCUCCCCAAGUGGGCGAACUGGGUCAAGGUCGUCGUCGACGCCGAGGACCUCCCGCUGAACGUCUCGCGCGAGAUGCUGCAGAACAAUGCGUUCCUGAAGCAGCUCAAGGGCAUCAUCCUCCGCCGGCUCCUGCAGCUGCUCGACCGCAUCCAGAAGGAGGACCCGGCGAAGUGGGAGAAGGUCCAGGAGGCGUACGGGAACGUGUUCAAGCUGGGCGCGGUGGAGGACCACAAGAACCGCGAGAAGCUCGUACAGCUGGUGCGGUUCGCGACGAACCAGCGGAACAGCACGGGCCUGGACGAGUACCUCGAGAACAAGAAGCAGGGCCAGAGCCAGAUCUUCUACUUGGCGGACAUGGGGAAGUCGCCGGAGGAGCUGGCGAAGAGCGUGUUCAUCGAGAAGCUGCACGCGCGCGGGUACGAGGUGCUGUUGCUGGGCGACCCCCUGGACGAGGUGUUCAUCACCAAUAUCCGUCGCUGGAAGAAGAUUGGCUUCCAGGAUGUCGCGAAGGCCGGAUUGAAGUUCGGUGACGAGGAUGAGGCUGAAGGAGAGGCGGCGGAGCUCGCUGCUCAAACUGAGAGGUACAAGCCCCUCAUUGAAUGGCUCCGUAAGGAAGUCCGUGAGAAGGGCGCCGCUCGCGAUGUUAUUAUCUCCAACCGCCUCGUCAUCAGCUCCUGCGCAAUCGUCGCCGACGAGUCCGGCUACACCGCCAACCUCGAGAAGCUGAUCAGCUCCUCGCACGCGCAGGUGAACCACAAGCACAUGUGGGAGUUCGCAAAGAAGCAGAAGGUGCUCGAGAUCAACCCGCGCUCGCCGCUCAUCGAGGGCCUCCUGCGCCGCAUCGAGCAGCUCCCUGCGGAAGACGAGGAGCGCGACAUCGAGGCGGAGGAUGAGCUCCGCGAGGUUGCGACCGUCCUCGUCGACGGCGCGCUCGUCCGCUCCGGCUUCGCGGUCACCGACUCCAACGACUUCUUCACCCGCGUGGACCGCAUCCUCCGCCGGUCUCUGGGCGUGUCGGAGACCGCGCCGACGGACACGACCGUCAAGCCUGCGCCGCCCGUCGACCCGGAGCUGCCGCCCGACGCGGACGAGCCUGAGCCGGAUCCGUUCGAGGAGACGGGCCGUGGGCAGAUCUCGUGGGAGGUCGAGGAGGUGGACGAGCUUGGGAACCCGAUUAAGCAGGUGCCCGUCGAGAUGAAGAGGCACGACGAGCUCUGAGGGGGUCGUCGGCUGCGAGCGUAGGAGGGGGCUGGGUAGGGGUUCCGUAUAUGAUGCUUGUGGAUAUUGGGCAUGAUUCGGGACUGGUGUACGGCUGGCAUGUCUUACGCGCAGUAUGUAUCAAAAGGAAGUACAUAGUAAUUUAUUCUUGUUUCUCUU